AUGUCUUCAGUCACUAUUCAACGAUAUGGCACUGAAGACACCACCGCGCCCUGCCAAAUCCAACUAUCCGAAGUCUUCAAGGUCAAUGCGUUCAAACGAGAAGCAUGCGUUCGACUGUUAGACAAUACCACUCUACUCCAUGAGAUUAGGCUGAGAUGGAAAUCGCUAGAACUAUUGUGUGAACCGGAGACGACUCUCUUCACACGCGACUCAAUAUACAACGUCAUCGACAGUAAAAGAUCCCCGCACGUUGGGUCAUGUAAAGGAGACAAAUGCGGCAUAAUCAAUUCGUCCACCCUCAUUCCGGAACUGGAGCAGGGUAACCGCUACCCAGGAAACACAGCAUGCGUGGAAUCAUGUGGAGGACCGGGAUGUGAUUGCUUCUUCAUCAGCUCCGGAUGUCUCUUUUACAGAAUCUACAUGGUACCCAUCGAUGAGAAAGUCUACGAAAUCCUUUCACUGCAAUAG